AUGCCUCCUAAGAAGAAGUCUGGAAAGAAAAAAGGUUCUAGCAAGAAGAAAAAAGGGAAGAAAAGUGGCGCGUCUAAGGAGCCGAAGUUAACGGUGGAGGAAGCCAUCGUGGCUUUUCAGUGAGUGUUUUUUUUAUUCUUGUGUCAGGUUCUGUUAUUACGCUUUUACUUCUUAAGAGCCUUGUUGAUUGUUCAUAUUUCCUUGGAGAUUUUUUAGAAAACCGUACAUUGUAAGAAAUAAUUAAUUUGUCCUUGUGUUAGUAGUUUAUUGGAUCUCUUAGCAACGCAGGCUCUGUUCCCGCCGAGUUGCAAUUAAAUAUUCAUUAUUUUAAAACUUUUUGUAAAUUUUGUAGACUGUUCACAGUCCCCUAUUUUUUCGUGAGAUCGUUGAGAUAUAGCGCGUCUUACCAUUAAUGUCGGUCAUCUUGAUUGUCAAAUGUACCGAGGGGACGGGCGUCGGGGAUUAUAGCUCUAGGGGGAGGUGGGCGAGAAAAAUAGAGGGACUGUAAUAACAUCACUGCAGUUUGUGUUCACAGAGCGCGUUGUACCAGCAACGCAGGCAUUUGAUUGGUCAUUAGACAAUAGAUGUUAAUUUGCGUUGACAACGGGUUUAGUUUAAGUUGCCGACACUGACAAGUCGUUGACAAGUCGCCGUUUCUAUAAAACGCACGCUUUCAUACCAUAAGGUACAACUUGCACAAACACACGAACGAUUUUUGGUAUUUUGCGGAUGAAUCGCGUAAGCCAACAUGCUUUGGAAGCAGCCCGUCCGCGGGAAGGUUGUAACACAGUUUCUGCCAAACGAAUUGAAAUUUAACGCAAUGCCGACGUAAAAAAGAUGACCUGUCAGAAAUGCCUGGCUUCUUAUCGGGACGUUUUAACCAUUUUAGUCUACGGUCAAGCGAGCAUGCUUAGCGAUUCGAUUACGAAAAUGUUUCUCUUGUGCCUGUUUGCCGAAUUUAUUUGUAGGAAUGGCCUGGAAACAUUAUAAAAUCACUAUUUCGAAAGGAGAUAUUUAUAAACAUGUGUAAUCGAUGCUAAAUGUGUCUGGCAUGUUUUUCAUCGCCAGCGGAGUUUCUUAAUUAAUGAAUGGUAAAAGGCGUGAAAUUCCUGUCACGCCUCCUGAACACGAGCUGCAGUGAUGUUAUUACAGUCCCUCUAUUUUUCUCGCUUCCUCCCAAACCGCCCCCUGCCCCCUAAGUAGUUUUGACACUCACACAAGAUGGCAGCCCGAAACACAAAGCGCUCGAUCUCGACGAUCUUACGGAAGAAUAGAGGAAUGUGAACAGUCUAUAAAUUUUGGCACUUUGAUAACAUAUUAUACUGUAACAUUCUUGUGAUAUAAAUAGUUUCUGUAUAGCUGAUGCAAUUUACAUGUACAGGGUUCUCGGUAGAUAUAGACGCGCGACCCAUUGAUGGCUUUAAAAAGCUGAUGAGGGGAAGAGCUCAAGAAAAUUUUAUACUGGGGGGCUCCACCCAGGGGUCCAGCCCCUUACCCUAUCAUACCGUAAAAUUCCGAAAAUAUGCCCCUCCAUGUAUAAACCCCUUCAAAUAUAAGCCCCCAAACUGGUAACACAAAUCACCCCUCCAAUAAUUUAUAAGCCCCCAGGGGGCUUGUUAUUGGAAAGUUGCCCUCAAAUGCAAAGUAAAACAAAGCAAAAACGGUAAAUUUACCUCCAACCAUAGAAGGCUAGCCCAAUCGAUUUUGAAACACAAAUUUCCCUCUGAAUAUAAGCCCCUCCAAAAAUAAGCCCCUCAAAAAGAGCCUUGGAAAAAUGUAAGCCUCAUGGCUUAUUUUCAGAAUUUUACGGUAUACCAUUUUUGACAGAAAAAGUACCCACUUUGCAUACCAUUCAUUGAUAAAAAGGUACUCUUUUAAUAUACGGGGCUUCUAUUACAAAUAAAUUGAUAACAAAGAAGUCUUCUUCAGUUCCUUGUGUUCCUUUCAAUACAAAUUGAUUAAAGGCCUGUAAAUGAUCUAAUAGAUGCCCAGGAUGUCUAUUUAAUUUGGGGGGCAUAAGCGAGGGCGUUUAAUAGAUGCCAAGGUUACACAUGCAACAUCACACAACAUUUAAGUCGCUGACAGAUAAUUUGACACUUUGUGGUUUAUCUGUCACAAGCAGAUGUAUUUGCACAAAAUCCAUUUUGUCACAAAGCUAAUUGAGUAGUGAAUAAUCAAUUUUUUCUGACAUCAUACGGGUAGUUUAUUUUAUUUUUUGCAGCCCGUGACUGCAAGGGAAGUUUUAUAGUCUGAACGGAUAACUAUCUUAGUGUUUACAGGCAGUGAAAUUUCUUUGGUGGCUGGCUUCUUCUGUUAACCCUGUCCUUCAUGUUUCAGUCUUUCAUGUUACGUUGUACUACUGCUGCCAUAUUGUUAUGGUUGGGAUAUGCAGAAUAUUCAACAAGAGUUAAUAAAUACCUGUAUUAAUUCAAUAAUUAUAGGAUAGAGGUGAAACAAAGGAACUAUGAGGAUCUUAUGUAUGACAUGCAGUCUCUCCAAGAGAAGAAUGGAAGACUCAAAGACAGGGUAAGAGUUGUGGUAACAGGAGGUUCUGUCCUUUUCAAAUUGCUCUGUCCAGUUUCACCUACCUACCCCCCCCCCUUACUUUUUUAGUUAACAAAUUCUACAUGGGUUUAUACAAUCACAUAAAUAAAUGCAUUUCUUAUUCUUUCCAAGUAAGUCUUUAUAUGUUAAUAAGCAGAAACAAACUAGCACACAAUCAUGACCCCUACUUAUCUGAGUUUCAAGAUAGUGUUGUGAACAUAGACAAUGGCAACUUCAAUUACAGUUCAUUUUUCUUUCGGAAAAGUGGGGUCAAAUCCAGGGGAAGUGGGGCUUGGUUCAAGUUAGCAUCAAAAUUGGAGUUACUGGAGUUCUAGUGUUACGUAGUAACUUUCUUAUAUGUGCAAGACUACCAGAUAUGGGUACAAUAUUUUCUGAUCUCUAUUAUAAAUUUUAAUGGAUAAUAAAUGUACAAAGAACAUAUGAUCAAUGCACAUUUUAAUUAUGUUUUGUGAUUAAUUUACAGAAUCAAAGACUGAAAGAAGAGCAACUUCUACAUAUCAAAACUCUCUUAAAACAAGUGAAAGAGAAAGACAAAGAAGUGGAGAAAGCAGUGGAGGUUGGACAUGAGCAAGUGGAAGCAGCACUCCUGGAAAAAUUUGAUGCAAUGAAGGCGGAAGAAGCAGACGUUCAAGGUACCUGUAUAAUUAAGCUGACUUAAUGGAAACAUUUUUUGCUGAGAUUAUUACAGGCAUAUUUUUUCUCCAUAAUACAAAUAAGUUGACGUGGUUUGAGAAUAAAAAUUGUUUAUUUAAGGACCAACUUCAAGCUUCUUUGUAACUUGUUCUGGCAGUCAACAACUACAUUUUGUAUAGAAAUUAAGAACUGAAUUAAGAACCUACUUACAGCCUAAAUUGUCAAUGAGUAUCCCAAAAUACAAGAACCUACUUUGCCAAACCUCAAAAAAAGUAGUUUCUUGUUCGCGGGUGUUUACUGUAUUUGUUACAACCAUGUACAGUUUUUUAAAUGUAGACAUUGUUCUGAAAAUGGGGUAGUUUCUUAAGUGUUACCCAUCCUUAACCCUUCGGUUCUGCUUUGACUCUUUAAUACAUGGUGCGGUAUCACUUUACAACCAUCAGGAAAAUUAGAUACUAAAUUAAAAUGACAAACUAAAUCAACAACUGGCAAAUUCUGUUAGUUUGUUAGUAAUGGUAGAAAUUAAAUUACAAACCAUAAGGCUUCCCUUUAAUUAUCUCGGAAACAUAAAAUAAUGAAAUUAUGAUUUUUUACUUUAAGACACAGUUCUGAAAUUAUUGCUUUUGUAUUUAGUGCUUAAUGAUCAAAUGGAGAAGAAAGAAGAAGAAAUAGCAGAUGUGAGGAAGAAUAUAAAAAGGCUCGAAGACUACAGGGUACAAUAAUAUGUUUAUUGACUUAUUGUUUUAAAAGUAACAUGAUUAUAAUCAAUGAUUACAUCGGCAUGCCAUACCAGUUCUAUGCUUAAAUGAUUAGUUAAAAAUAGUGGGCACAUGUGAUGAUUUUAGGUUUUUGCUAGCAUUCAAUCCCUUUGUACCUGGGAGCAUUACAAUUUGUAGAAUGUGGUUAGGUUUUGCAAUGAGUGUUGAAUUAGUUCAUCAUUGGGGCAGGAACCUUGAACCAACCCUACUGUUAAUUGCACCUUCUCCAAGCCCUUGGAUUUCAAUCUCUCUUUUGUGCAUCUUUUGCACUUUGAAAAGCUUAGCCUGCAUUGCAGAUACUCUAAACUGCUGAAAAGCUAUUCCACCUCUUGUAUUGCUCCAGGGCACGAAAUAACAGCCAGUCAACGGACAAUGUCCGGACUGAUUGCGGAGUUGACCGGUCAACCUUUCAUCUUGCCGGUCAUGUUGACCGGUCACAUGCGAUAGUUUUGAAAAUGACCUUAAUUAAAAUUUCCAUACUGUUCAGUGGUUUCAGUUGUUACCAGUACAUGUAUGUAGUGAGUCCCUGUGUAUUAUGCGAACUGGAACUGUUGUUUACAAUUCGCACAUUGAAACAUAAGCUUAUUUUCAUUUUGCCACUGUAAUUUAUUUAUAUUGUUGACAACGAGUGCUUUAAGCUGUAAGCUUUAAAAAACGACUGUUUUGGAAAUAUAUAACGCAAGUUAUGGUUGUUGGACACAUGAUUUAAGAGCUAUUUAUCUUAUAAAUUUGACCGGCCAGAAACAAUAUGUGAUUGAGCUAAAAUGAAUUUGGCUGCUCAUCAUGUCUAGAGACUCUCCCGAAAUUAUUUCCAGCCUUGGGCUUGUCUUAAGAAUACAGCUACAAGUACAAUAUAGGUUUUUAGCAACUUCUUCUUUCUUUUAACCUUCAGGACAAAGGUGCUGAGGAACAUGCCAAACAAAUAGUUUUACUAAAACAAGAUUUGAAAGAAAUGCAGGAUUCACAUGAUGAUAUUGCAGGUGAGGAUCAUGAGCAGCUUAUCGACUUUCCUCAGUCUCCAGCAAAACUUUCAGCCUCAAGAAAAUUAACCAGUAAUUACAUAAAAUGACUUUGGUUGUCAAAAUGUUUCUUCUAUUUGUUCACAGCUCAUUUAGAAAGGAGCUUGAAAAUUGCAAAAGAUGAAAUUGAAACUUACACUGAAUCCACAAUAUCUAAGCAGAAGGACAUUGCAAAUGAGGUACCUGAUUUUAGAACUUGUGUGUCAUAACUGUAUUGUCAAUGCGCUGUGAGUUUACGUAAUACUAAACCAUUUGGCUGCUUGUUUGAUUGUUCUUUCCAUCCUCGUAUCAAAGUUACAUGCAUUACAGUCUUUUGAACCAACCCCUUACAGUUUUAUAUACCACCAUUUUUGACCGAUGGUACCCCUUUGACACACCUGGUUUAGAACAUUGCAUCUCUUUUAACUGCUACAAAAUUUGCACUGUCUUAAAAUAUGAAAUUAAUCCCAAACCAGGAAAUGUUCUCGACUUUUUCAUAGCCAUAAAUUUUACCAUUAACCCUUUUAACCCCUUUAUAUAGGCGAAUCUUUGCUGGUGUCAUUGUUUACAUUUUUCCUUAUUAGCAUACGACUUAACUCAUAGAAACCAUAACCAUAUAUAUGAACUAAAUGCAAAAGUUGAAAGAGCUGAUUAAGUUGAGCAAUUUGUGCAAUUUUCAGCUCUUUGCAAAGCAAUACUGAAGUAAAUAGCAGCCAUCAAAAACUGCAAAAUUGCUGUGUGGCAAAAAAAGUUAAUGAGCCAUACAUUCUCUGUAAAAUGUCGAGUUUUUAGAAAGUAAUUUCUCCGAAACCAUUCGGUUUAUUGGGCUCAAAUUUUCAGAGAUAACUGAAACUGUUAUGCCCUUUCAAUAUUCAGAGUUUUUAUGUUAUUAGCGUCAUCAGAUGGUGAUAAGCAGAUGUUAAUGAGGCAAAAAGUAUAAACAAAGAUUCAUCUAUACUUCAACUAGUCAAAUCCCUAUCCUUUCAUAUACCAGAGGCCUGAAAAAGGCAUCCCUUUUGGGUGAAGCAUCUCCUAAUAGGACUGUAUAGGGAGUACCCCCGUGGGGGAGGGGGGGGGGGUCAGUAAAAAUAACAACGCGAUGGGCCGUUUCUUCUUUUUUCAGAAAGCAACAAAUAACUUGGAUAAAGAUACCUGUGGAGAAAUUUUAGACAACAGAUGGCUGAAAAAAGAGGUACAUCUAACUGCCGGGCUGAACUGAAAACACAGGGUUGGCACAAAAUUGAAAUUCGAAACUGAACGUAGCACAGACGUUGUUUUCUAAUUAACGAGCGCGCAAGCGAAGCGAGCACGCGAGAACGAACUCCGUUGUGCUAGCGUUUAAUUAAGCCCCCGAGGUUUUUAUUUUCAUUCCUGCAGUUAACGAUCUGUGCAGGGAAAUUAGAGGGUCUGUGAACAGGCUGUUCCAAACUGAACGUUUACAGGAUCUACAGUUGUAAAUUUUAAUUUGGCCUACAUUUUAUUAGUGUUUGUCUUUGUAGCAGAGUUUAUUUUUCUUCCGCUUGGUUUUAGCAUGCACGAAAUCGUUCAGACCGCUUUACGAUUUUACCAUGUACGAGUUUCUCUUGUACAUGGUAAAAAUCACACGGAAAGAAACCUCUACUAGCUGGGGAUUUCAUGUUUGGAUGCUUUAAAACGACUACGUAUGUAGCAAUUAACAAUGAAUAUGUUUUUGAACCGUAGGGUAAGAGGCAUGACCUAAAGAUGAAUCAAGUUUUAUUCCCCUGUUAGCAUAAAAACUGGCCUUUGAAUAAUUGAAUAAUAGAAUCAUUUUCUUCUUUUAGGUUUCUAUUCAUCGAAAAGGUCAUGAGGAACUUUCAGAAAUAGUCGAAGAACUGGAGAGACGAAACUUGGAAAUUAUGAGUGAAAUGUUUGACUGUAAAGUAGAAGAUCUCAAGUUUACAAGGUACGUGGGUCUUUUUAUUAGAGCAUUAAUGAUAGCUAUGGGCGUUGAACGAAUUAACACCUUAAGGUAAACAAUAGAAACUAUGCAGGUAUGACAUUUGCAGGACAUUUGAAACAGAAUCCAAAUCUAUAUGGCCAGUGACUACAUCAGUGUGGAUUACGUUUUAACCUACAGUUUGAUUCUGAUUCCAAAUAUUUCAUCAACCCUUUGUAGUACCUUAUUUUAGAAAAUUAACGCUCCAUGAAAUUGAGUUAAUGCAGGAUCCGAAAUUGCGCCUUCCUGGUCGCCAUUGUGAUUAAAAAUGUAGUCCUGGCGACCAGAAUUUCAUAGCUGGUCGCCAGCUAGCGACUUGUAAAGCUGGUUGUUAUUGUGGACUUAAACGUUCGGAGAAACUGAUUAGCAAUUGAAACCUCGAACCUAUUUGCCAACAGGUGUCUUCCUUUUUGUCCUGCUGAUAUAUUUUAAUUAAAAGUGAAACGAAUCUUCCUGUAAUAAUACCUCCACAACAGCUACGAUCAAUACCAAGCCGCCAUGUUGUUUUCAGCUGAAAUACGGUAAGUACGUUAAGUACGUUAUGUACUUUGUGGACUGGAACGAGUAAUGUGGCACAGUUGAAGCCUGGUACGAGCAACAUGGCGACUUGACUCGUGUUUAUGUUUCGUGGUAGUUAUGGGAAGAAAAUACAGUUGCAGUCAUGGGCAGACAGCUUUCUGUUCCUACGUUCUAGGUCAGAUAGCUUUAUAUCGCCAAAAAGUAGUUUGUCGAAAAAUAUGACUUCACUCGUACACGUACGGUUGCUUUCUGGUGUCAGGAGGGAAAGUAGUGCAAUUUUUGAGCAUAAAAACGUCCAUAGCAUUUUUUAUUCGUGUUUAAACUUUUAUUUGAAAAAAAGGGAGGGGGAAUUUUUGGCGACCACAGUUUGCCCUCUGGCGACCAAAAAUUUAAACUUGAUCGCCAGUUGGCGCCCAUAUUAAAAAGUUAAUUUUGGACCCUGGAGUUAUUGGAAUUUUUUAUAUAUUAACGCGAAUUUAACGAGAAAAGAAUUCCGAAUAAUGGAAAUUGAUGUACGCAAAAGAGAGGGUCAGCGAUUUUGUUACCUCUGCGUUCUGCGUCCCUGACGCAUAAAAAUCCCCAAAGACACAAAGUACUUUGUGGAAUGCGUCCCCUAGGACGCAAAGAUUGAUUGAUCGAUCUGAAGAUGUUUUUGUAGAAUAUCCUGUUUGUGUGAUUUCUGUGGCUGUUGUUAAACGACGCUUACUUCUUUUUGUCUUUGUUGUAAUUUACAAUAGAAGGAGUAUAUUUUUAUUUCAGUAAACUGUGAUACAGAGUUUUGGAGUCUGUCUUUAGAUUAACUGUGUGGUUACAAAAGACCCAGGAACUCAUGGUUUUUUGAACUGGGACUCAUGAUGUUUCACAAGAUGAGUCCCAGGACUCACCAUAACUAUUUGUAAAAAAAACUCACUGGAGGGUAACAUUUCAAAAUGAAGGAAAUUAACGCGACGUUUACAAAGAAACAAAACUUGUUUAGAAAACAGGAACCAAAGUUAAACGUUUAAUCCGAAAUGGAAACUUUGUUCGUGGUACCUUCCCGAUGGGUCUUCACAGUUUCACUGAUAGUAGUGGAUCUCCACCCAGUAGUAUGAAAUUAACGUUUACAAAAAACGCGACUUGAAUUAACGCGAGUUUCAAAAAUUUCAUGAAGUGUUAACGUCUUAUAAUAAGGUAUACGUUUCACCCAGAUAUCACUUCAUCUAAACUGACUGUGUUUCUUUUCAGAAAGUUUUAUUUAAGCUGUGUUGAUGACGAAGAAAGUUCAGAUGAAGACGGUGGUGAAACGGAAGAGGUGUUUGCGUCCCACGGGGUCAUAACAGAACAAGAUGAAAAACCAGAUGAUUUGCUGGAUAAUUACUUUCUUCCUGGAGAGGAUGACUUUGAGGUCCGUAACUAACUUAGAACUAGUUUAGAAAAAUCAGUUCCGAAAAGUUAGUUAAUCAACCGCGAUUUUGUGAAGUACAGUAAAAACCCACGAGUAAGAACCUGGUUUUAAUAACCUGUUGGGCUAAAAUUUGCCAGUUAGUAUCCAAAAACAAAACAUGGUUAGGAACUGUGUAGCGCUGAUAAGUUGAUUACAAUUAGAAAAUUACAAGAACCUCGGUUUAAAAUCUAUAAAAAACUCAAUCCGGCAAAUAAGAGAAGUUAACAUUCAGGAUCCUCUUUCGAGACAUAGGUGCCUUUCACUCCAACUCCAACGUAACGGUAUUCAGAUUUUAUAUAAGGAAAUCUGGAAUAAGCUGAAUACCACUAAAUGCUCUUAGCUUCAAUGUAUUUUUUCUUCAGAAAAUAAGAACCUAAAUAGUCUAAGUUUGUGCUUGUUACCAUCUAUGUAAGAACCUGUUUAGUUGGGAAAACGGAGGUUCUUAUUCACGGGUUUUUACGGUUUUCUUCUUUGAACAGCAGAGCUUUGAGAGCUGUAAUUCUUACACAUUUUUCUCGUUUAGGGGAGGAGGUAUCUCAAAACACUCCAAAUUUUCGCGUAAACCAAGCUGGAAUUAUAGAGAUAUUCUCGCUGAUGUACACUGGCCUUUGAACGACACAAAAAACAUAUGAAUUCAUCCUUUCACCCUUUUACUCCCAGAAAUAGCCAAAGUAAUAAUUCGAUAAUUUUCGAAAUUUUAAUUGUUACAAUGCUGGAAAACAAAUAUUACUACGUUAUAAUACUGCUGAAUAGAAUUCAUGUGAAUGGCAACACCAUAGGAUUAUAUCCAUAGACGCAAAAGUUAAAACCGCCUACUAAAAUUUCAUCAGUCACUUUUAGGAGUGAAAGUGUAUAUGUCAAGAUGUAAAACCUUUCGAAGUCAAUUAUUUUAGAGUGAUUUCUCUCUCUCUCUCAUAACACUGUCUUUGACUCUAAAGAUGACUACCGCACAAAUUGUCGAAACUUUUGUCAACCUGACAACAGUCCCCCUGUUCAGGACUCGCUCGCCCGGACGAUCAUAUUCAACCCUCUUAUGACCUGACUCUUGGCUCGAACUAUUUAGUCUAAACCCGCUUUACGGACACCUGAUUAUUAUUAUUUGUCCCUGGGGGUAAAAGCCCUUACAUUUUCCCUUAAUUCAACCGGACAAUCAAUUCAAUACGAACACCCCGUUAAUACAGACACUUUCUAUACCCCCCACCCCCAAGCCCCAAGUCUCCGUAUUCACAGGGUUUGACUGUACUAUGAAACAUAAAACAGCUCAUAAUUAUCGGGACUUUCGAGAAAAAGGUCGCAUGUCACUGACGCAAACGGUGUGCAAGUUUUCAAGUAGCCUGGUCCAGGCUCUAUGCAGAAUUUUUGCCGCCACCACUCCCUUCCCCAGAUCACGCGCGUCUUAUUUUUGCUUGGCUCGUUUUAUUUUCGUGACGCCCCUAUAGCUACUAUCUUAGAGCCUGGCACAGGCUAAUCUUUAAGUAGCACAGAAUCUUGCUAAUAUGAGCGUUAUUGAUUUAUUCUGUUUAAGGACUCUCCUCGUCUUGGACCGUUGGAACUGCAGCUUCUAUCAGUAAUAGGAAUGAAGAAACCUAUCUUGCCUCACCCAUCUAACUCGGAAAGUGGAGAAAACCAACUUGUAUUAGCUUCAGAAUCGGCGGGCAUCGUUUCACGACCCGAGAACUACACCAGCCCUCACAACUGGCCCAUUACUAACAACAUGCUACAAACAUUGGCCAUACAAUAAAUAUUUUGCAAUACUCGUCAACUAAAAAUGGGUAUCGAAAUUGUCUUGUUCUCACGUAUUUAAGGUAUUUAAGGCUAAGUUAUUGUUCACAUACUUACUAAUUAUGACGAGAAAAUUUGAGAAUAGAUUGAACAUAUGCCUGACGCUCUUUGGGAGUUUUAUAAUUUGUGUACAUACAAUGUAAUAUUCUGUACGAUUUUAAGUGUAGUUGCGACCACAUAAAUUAAAAUACUGAAG